GAAAAUCACAGAAAAUUAAGGAAUGUAUAAAAAGACAUGGCUCUGUCAUUUUACAUUUCAAUUUUAGUCGGGGGGGCAUCUUCCUCUUCAUCAUCAUCACUAUCCACCCUAUCGACGUUCCCUUUUAUACCAAUGGGCUUUAGAUCACUUGCUGACCACCUUGGAUCGUAUCAACACCUAACAAACCAUGUCGUUGAGUACCAAAAGGCUCUGUUUAUCGGUCUCACCACGAAGUCCAUAGUACGUCUUCCAGCCGCCAGAUUUGCUUUUGCGGUUACGAAAGCCGCUCUUUAGCUGCAUUCGAAAGCGAUGUAUCA